UAUUGCCCUAGGGGUUCCUAAUCUUUGCCGCUGCCCCCUACAAAACCAAAACCCUAUCUCCCUUUCUUCGUUUCCUUCCGUCCUCCUUUGGCGUCCGCCUCCGCGCCAGCUUCGAUCCGCAUUCCGAAUAACAAAGUUGUCUUUUCCAAGAGACAAGUAGAGAUGAGUCGUGGAGGUGCUGCCCCCAAGGGGAAGAAGAAGACAUCUACCUUUACUAUUGACUGCUCGAAGCCCGUGGAAGACAAGAUCAUGGACAUAACAUCCUUUGAGAAGUUCCUACAGGACAGGAUCAAGAUUGGAGGCAAAACUGGUGUUCUUGGGGACACCAUCACCAUCACCCGUGAAAAGAACAAGAUCAAUGUCACUGCCGAGACUGCAUUCUCAAAAAGGUACUUGAAAUAUUUGACGAAGAAGUAUUUGAAGAAACACAACGUAAGAGAUUGGUUGCGUGUGAUUGCUUCUAACAAGGAUCGAAGUGUCUAUGAGCUGAGAUACUUCAACAUUGCCGAAAAUGAGGCUGAAGAGGAAGAUUGAUGCUGCUUCGGAGCUCUCGAUCUACUUUAUCUCUCUCAACCUCUCUGCUUCCAGUUAUGAUUUUCAGAUGCUACCUCCUUUUUGUUACGAACAUUAGAUCUUGCAUGUGCUCCGUUUUUCGAAAUUUAAAAUUUUCAUUUGCGAGGCAUUGUACGUUUUUGAGAGACGCAUGAUACAGCUUUCCACUGAAAAAACUAUAUUGUGGUUAUUUUCCUUCAUCAUAUUAAUUUUAUUUAGCCUAAACGGGUUCGGUCA